AACCCAAUAGUGGCCCAAAGAGAUGGCUUAAUCAAUUAUCAUCUUCGAAGCACGCGCGUGAAUAAGUUAGCGGGGAAGGGCCUUCGUCGAGGUGAGCGAUCGACGGCCAGAUGCCAAAACACGGAUAAAGCUCACGCGCAGCUCAGAAAUUCGUAUCACUACUUUCACCAUUCGGGUCUCAGCGUUUCAAAUUGCCGAGGAGCUCGGCCACCGAUGUCUCUGACAACAUCCACCGCCAUCUCACGCGCCGUGAAAUACGACGAAAGCCGCGGCGCCUCGACCGCCGAACGAGAAGUUAAUAGCUCCGAUAUGGAAAUCGAUGACGAAGAAGGGGAAGAGGAUUUGCAAGUCUCCUCGAAUCGAAACGAUGCUACUAACGUUCUGGAGUCUAGGGGGCAUGAUGGACAGCUCAGAUCAGAUUCGUUAGGUACUCCUGGAAAUUGCGGAACAAGAAUACCAUUCAAAACCCUUGAUUUAGGAGAGGGUAGUGCUAGUUUUAAAUUUUAUAGUCUUCCAAAUGAACUGUUGACAACUCAAAAGGAGGAUCGAUGCACAAAAUAUGAUAGUUCCAAGUAUUCAGUAUCUGGAAAACAGCCUGCAAAGGAAAAGGCAAUUCAAGAAUAUACAUUUGGUGGAAAAGAUGCUCAAGCCAUUUUAGAAAGAAAAGCCUUUGAAUGCUACAAUGAUCAGCAUGCUGAAGAGGUUGCUGUCAAUGAGAUUAAUUCCAUUCCAGUCGGAAAAUACUCAGGUGAAGGAGUUCAGAGUGGUCUAGGUUUUGAGGGAAAAAGUAAGCCAAUGGUUGUGCAAACAGAGGAUGAUAAGAGGAGGAUAAGAUCAAGGUUUCACAGGUCUGCUGCUUCUCAGACUAGUGCUGGGAGUCUAUCCCCUGGCAAUAAUAGUGAGAACAAACGCCCUGCACUUAUAUGUGACUUCUUUUCUAGAGGAUGGUGUAUAAAAGGAAGCUCAUGUAGAUUUCUUCACAUAAAAGAUGAGAAAAAUCCUGGACAACAGCCUGAGGAAGGUGUAGCUGUAGCAAAUGGGAAAGGAGCUGUUGAGCUUGAUCAAGGUUUUAGAAGUGCUGAAAGAUCAAAAUCUCCUGCUUCCACUGAUAUUCGGCCUUCGUCAGCUGUAAAUAAGACCGGGUAUUCUUCUCAGUUCUUUUUUGAAAGAAUCUUGCCAUUAGAGGAUGAUGAAAACCAAAGAUUGCAUCUAUUUCAUGAAACUAAUAAGUUGCCUCCGCUCCAUCAUAAGGAUAAAUCUAUGGGCACUUCCCCUGCCUCUCGGCGAUUUUUUGCAUCCAUAGAUGAUGUGGGACCACCUAAGGGUGUAAGACAAAAUGGUAUAGGUCAGAAUUUGCCUGAUGAUAAUUAUGCCAAGCUGGCUUCUCUGGGUGAUAAAGGUACAUCAUUGGGCAAUGUAUAUAAUGAGAAUCAAUCUCAUUGUGUCUCGACAUGCCUAGCACCAUUGCCAUUAUAUUAUUCUUCAAGUGCAUGCUCUCUUGGUGCUCAAAAGAUGUUGGACAAUGACAGCGAGCGUUAUACUUCCAGGUUUUCUUCUUUGCUGCAAGGCUGUUCCCCCUUCUCGAAUUCUGAAUCUGAAAACCUUCUUGUAAAUGGUAUUGCCAGGGAUCCAUUGCCCUUUUCUGAACGUAGAACAAAGUUUUCUUCAGAUGACUGGGAACCUUCAGUACCCUUUCAACCAUCCUUUUUUGUCACUUCUGGCUUAUCAUCCCCGCAAAGCCAGUGUGAUCCUGUUCGUGAUAGCAUUGAUUUGUCUAAUGCAGGAGAGAGGUCUCUUAAAUUUUCUUUCUCUAAUUCGCGUCCAUCACUCUUGAAUGUAGCAUACCCACAGGCAUAUGGUGAUCCUACAUCAGUGGGGCCACUGAUCCCUGAACAUAAUGAUGAUAAAAGAACUGCAUCUCGUCAGAAUGGAUACCAUGAAAAUUUGGUCAACGGUAAUUGCUACCCAUCUGAAAAGGAUUCACUAACAACCGACGCAAAUGAUGGAACUUCUGUAGUUGAGAUGCAAAAUGCAAAUCUAGUGAAAGAAGUGAUGUCCUCAGUUGUUUCUCAUGUCAAAGACAGUUCAAAGGCCCAAAAAAUUGAUAUAGAUCAUGAUGGCAGGCAUCGAAGAGGCGAGACUAGAUGCAAAAAAGACUCAGAAGUAGAUAGAGUUAGAGAAAAGAAUGAAAUAGAUGUUGAGGUUGAGCACAGGGAAGAUGGGGAUUUGCGAAAAGAAUCAAAAGCAAUGAGGCAUUUCCAUGCUGCUCUUGUAGAUUUAAUUAAGGAACUGUUGAAACCAACUUGGCGUGAGGGUCAUCUCAGUAAAGAUGCUCAUAAUACAAUAGUAAAAAAAGCAGUUGACAAAGUUCUUGGCAGCAUACAGCCUCAUCAGGUUCCAGUUACCUUCGAGUCAGUUGAGCAUUAUCUUUCUUUAUCCCAACCAAAAAUAGCAAGACUUGUUGAGGGAUAUAUGAAUAAAUACAGAAAAUCGUGAGAUGUUUGGCAGAAUGCUUUUGUAUCUUUUGCACAUUUUAUUAAUGGAAGUCUUAACUGAGUGUCAUGGAAGUCUGGAUUUUUUUUAUGAAAUGUUUUUGUAAAUAUUCUCUUUUCCUUUCUUUAUUAGCUGUAUGCAGAAAUAAUUUGUACAAUGCAUGUGUCUUCCUAACAGUUGGUAAGUCUAGGAGAAUACUUUAUUCUUCUUA